UGAUGGUAAAUAUUUAAGAUAUAAUGUAAAUCCUAGUAAUAGUAUUGGAGUUAAUUGGUGUAGGAAGUACGAAUACCUAACCUAUGAAAUUGAAUGGUAUACAUCCAUAACAUCAUCAUUCUCCUAUCGACUCAACUCAACUCGCUCUGAUGGCUCACCCUGGACUCACCAACUCGCUCUCUCCCAAACUCGUUCCUCUCUGCGCCUGCUCCUGCCGCCCCUUCUCUUCCCAAUCCCUACUUCUCCACUCUCACCCUCUCUUCUUCAAACCCAAACCGCUUAUCCGGUUCACGCGCCCAACCGCUUCGCCCUUCCUCCUCGCCGCCGUCGGCCAGGCCGAACCGGACCGCCUCCCUCAAACCACCGCCCCCAAGGUCCUCUCCGGAGACCAGGAGGAGGAUUUGCCCUUGAAAUCACAAUCGCAGGGUAGUCAGUUUAGGAACCGGGUUGUUUUUGGACUUGGCAUUGGGAUUUCUGCGGGUGGUAUUGUUUUGGCCGGUGGAUGGGUCUUCGCCACUGCCCUGGCUGCUGCUGUCUUUACUGGUGCACGAGAAUAUUUUGAAUUGGUUCGGAGUCAUGGAAUUACUGAAGGAAUGACACCACCUCCGCGCUAUGUGUCGCGAGUCUGCUCGGUCAUUUGUGCAUUAAUGCCACUGUUUGUCAUGUAUCGUGGUCAUGUUGAUGUUUCUGUGACUUCUGCUGCUUUUGUUUUGGCCACGGCAUUACUCUUACAAAGAGGAAGCCCCCGUUUUGCACAGCUAAGUAGUGCCAUAUUUGGGUUAUUUUAUUGCGGAUAUCUUCCCUCAUUCUGGGUUAAACUUCGAUGUGGUUUAGCAGCUCCAGCCUUGAACACAAGAAUAGGAGCAACAUGGCCUAUACUUCUUGGUGGCCAAGCUCAUUGGACAGUUGGUCUUGUGGCAACUUUUAUUACCAUAAGCAGCAUAAUUGCAGCUGAUACAUUUGCAUUUCUUGGUGGCAAGGCAUUUGGUAGAACACCACUUAUCAGUGUAAGUCCAAAGAAGACAUGGGAGGGUACUAUUAUAGGCUUUUGUGGGUGUAUAGUUACCUCUGUUGUACUGUCAAAAAUUUUCAGCUGGCCAAUAUCUUUAUCAAGUGCAAUAGCUCUUGGUGUUCUGAGUUUCUUUGGGUCUAUUUUUGGUGAUCUCACCGAAUCAAUGAUUAAACGAGACGCGGGGGUGAAAGACUCGGGUUCACUAAUACCUGGUCAUGGUGGAAUACUAGACAGAGCGGACAGUUACGUGUUCACGGGUGCUCUAGCAUACAACUUCAUCAAAACCUUUUUACCACUUUAUGGAGUAUGACAUGAAACAGAGUAAAUUUUUAAAAAAUUAGGUGGUAUCUGCAUGGCAUGUUCACUGACAACAUUGACGCAUUACGGCAACAAAUUGAAUUUUAAUAUUCAUGGAAACUCCUGGAUAUUUUUCAUGGGAAAGUGAUGAUCUACAUAGGGAAAGAUAGAUCAGGAAUUUUCUUAUCAUCCCAGGCGAACUUGACCAUAGUUCAUCACUGCUGCUUUUUCGUAUAUGCAUGCGGUCACAGAUACAAGAACUAAGCAGGGGUAGCAUUGGUUGUAUUUUGAAUUGUAAAUAGCCACAGUUGACUUCGAAAGAAAAGAACGGUUGCAGUCGCUCCAAUUAUUUUGAUGUCUUGCUAACCUAUAUUCUAAGGACACUACUUCAGAACAAUCACGAAGAAUCAUGUGGUGCUAGUGAAAAUAUAUUUAUUUAUUUUUUAUAUUUGAUACUAGUCUUAUUGUACUAGUUAUUUAUAUUUUAUACGAUUGAAGGCAUUAUGUGAUA